GCCCUUUGAAAGCCCCGGCGCCUGCCCGGGCCCUUGGCGGGGAGAAUGACGGAGCUGCAGUCGGCACUGCUACUGCGAAGACAGCUGGCAGAGCUCAACAAAAAUCCAGUGGAAGGCUUUUCAGCAGGUUUAAUAGAUGACAAUGAUCUCUACCGAUGGGAAGUCCUUAUUAUUGGUCCUCCAGAUACACUUUAUGAAGGUGGUGUUUUUAAGGCUCAUCUCACUUUUCCAAAAGAUUAUCCCCUCCGGCCUCCCAAAAUGAAAUUCAUUACAGAAAUCUGGCACCCAAAUGUUGAUAAAAAUGGUGAUGUAUGCAUUUCUAUUCUUCAUGAGCCUGGUGAAGAUAAAUAUGGCUAUGAAAAACCAGAGGAGCGCUGGCUCCCCAUUCACACUGUGGAAACCAUUAUGAUUAGUGUUAUUUCUAUGCUGGCAGACCCUAAUGGAGACUCACCUGCUAAUGUUGAUGCUGCGAAGGAAUGGAGGGAAGACAGAAAUGGAGAAUUCAAAAGGAAAGUUGCCCGCUGUGUAAGAAAAAGCCAAGAGACUGCUUUUGAGUGACAUUUAUUCAACAGCUGUAACUUCACUUAUUUCAGGGUCUCCAAUUGAGAAACAUGGCACUGUUUUUCCUGCACUCUACCCACCUAUUGCUGGACUUCUGUUGUAACAAGUUGGCAAACACUGGCUGGAACUGGGCUGCAAUAAAACAUGCCAGUAUCAAUGCUGACAAGAGCCUAACAAGUGCCAACUUACAGAUGAUUACGCAUUUUGAAUUCUAAUGAACUGUUUUAACCUUCAGGAAGAAUUGUAAAGACCUGUACAUAGCACAACAUGAUCCGGAUAAUAUAUAUACUGUUCAUGUACAUCCACAAAUACACCUUGUACCAAAUAAUGCUUUCUUGUAGUAGAAUAAGAAUCGUGUAAAUUCUAAAAGAUUUUAGCAAGUUUUCUUCCCCCUACUCAUUGUUUCUUAUGUUUUAAAAGACUCUUUAAAGCAUGUCAGAUGAAAAGCAAUUAGGAUUAAAAGUUUCCAUUUAAUUUCCUUUAAACCAUUGAGGCUUCAUUAAACUCUUCAUUUACUAAACUUUUGUAUCUUCUUUGUUUUGACACAGUUCCCUUUGUGUUUAUCUUUAUCUCUUCUAUCUGCCAGAAAGUUUUCCAAUCAUUUAGUUCAAAUACUGAAAUACUUAAUAAGCAGCUACUUGAUUUUUACUGAUGACUUCAGAGGAGUGGUCAUCACUAGGUGCUCGGUCCUUUUUGUAUUCCAUUUGCACCCAUCACUUGGAUCGAAUGUAGCAAUAACAUAUUUUGGCUAUUGAGAGCUCUUGAACUGUCAUUAUUCCCAAGAACUAAAAAGAGUUGGUUCUGAAUUCACUUACUGAAAUAUACCCCAAAUUAUACAAAAUUCUGAUUUGGUUUUAUUUUUGCCCUCCAGUUACCUAAUGUUAAGGUUCGACGAAUAAAGCAUGCACGACUACAGGCUUCAUACUUAACUUCUGAGUUUGCUAUUAAAAAUGCUAUUUUGCCUCAUGCCCUUCUCCUUAGCCCUUCAUAUUUCUUUGCCUCUAUUCUUCUAUACUGCAGAUUUUUCUCACUUAUUGUAUAAAGAAAUUGCGAUGUAUAUUUUCAUGUAAUUUGAUUUUGGAAUUCUGUCACCUUAUGUAGUGAGUUCUUCCAAAAUAUAAUUUUUUUCCAAUAAUUGUCAAGUUGUUGGCUUUUAUUGUAUUGAAUGAAGGUUAUAAUACUGAAUAUCAGAGAAGUUCAGUUUAGAAAAAUCUCAGGUUGAUUCCUUAUGCAAACAAGCUUUUAAUACUUGAAAAUCACAUGGCUAUGGCAGUAUAUAUAUUUCUCUGUCUGGAUGGAUUCUUAUGUGAAUCUCAAAGCAUUAUGGAGGUGUCAGUGCUUUGCUACUUGACAUACAGGUUCUGUCACUGACAUUGUGCACUUGGAUUUUAUUAACAUUUGAGCAUAAAUAUAUUUUAAUUUUUCUCAAAUUCAGGAAGUGGUAAAAUGUGCAGUGCUAAAGGCAGGUCCAGAGUCUUCUCUGUUCGGUAUGACGUUGGGAUUGGGAAGUAGUCUUGGCAUAUAAGGGCUAGGAGGUGAUACAGAACCAGAUGGUACAUGGCAUUUAAUUGUGAGAACCACUGAGAAUUGGUGCAUUUCUGCUCUGGGUAGUUUGGAGAAACACUUUGGCAGAACAGUGAAAGGACUCCUGCAAGUAGCCUAGUCCUCUACAAACUGUUCACGUCCUUGUUUAAACAGAAGUGAGAUGGUUAAGGAUGUAGUCACCACGGAGUGAUUUUUCUAAAUUCCAGACUCUUCUUGACUCUGAAACAUUAUAAAAACCUAUAAAUGUGUAAUAACUGAAAGUGAAAGUGUUUCUAUUACUCAUUGAGGCCUAAUUUUUUAAAAGAACUUUCUGACUUCUUUCCCCCACAAAGACUCUUAAGAUUGUUGCCCUAAAGUACUAGUAUUGUAUACCUCCCUGGGACUUUGAACACAAGUUCUUUACUCUUAAAUCAGAAAUUGUUCACGCAGUGGUGGUUGUGACAAAACAGAGUCUGAAUUUUGCUCUCCUGUUGCUAAGAUUCUGCAAGCUAUAUGUUGAGUUAAAACCUGGCAGUUUUACUCUUCAGGGAGUAGCAAAUGACCUAGUAACUCAGGGACAACUACUCUUGAACUUCUAAGUGCCACUUUAAUGCAGUUACUUUGGUAUAACCAUGUGUGUUUAGGGCUUAGAUCUAGGGGAGUAUAAGGGGAGCCAGGAACGAGUGCAUCUUCCUUCACACUCCUUUCGCCUGGUGCCCUGACCUACUGCGUGAGGAAACGGGCCUUCUUGGCGGUGGUUUUGACUGCUUUUCCUCUGUCAGAGGUGUCAUCUGUGCCUUUCCAAGAGUUCAUCUGACAGUGAAUCUAAAUGCCUCUGUAUUUGUUAUUAAAUCACACCUGGGUGACACUGACACAGGUGGCUGUUGUCCCACCAGUGCCUCUCCAUUAGUGUGAGGUGAGUCCUUUUUUGCUUUGGGAAAAGGACCUCUCUCCCUAACCUUGUGCCAACUAUUGACUUCUGCAUAGUCUUAUGGAUUAUAGAACUGUUGACUGCUUCCUAAAUUUAUUCCAAGUUCUUGUAAAGGUUUAUAGAUUUCAGUCUGUGCUCAGUGUGGGGUGGACGAUCUCAGUAGCUUUUGGCCUCUUUGUGAGUUUAAAAUCUAUGAGGUUGGUUUUCUUGUCAUUAUAAGGUAAUAAUCUUUGUGAGGUUAUUCCACUGACUCUGCGAUCACUUGGGUGUCAUAGUAUUUUUUCAGUGGCCUUCGUUCUUGGUUGUGAAGUUUUAUAUGCUCACUCACCCUCUACAGAGCUGCCCAUUUUGGGUCGUGGUGCCUGUGUAUUUUUGCCCAUCUGGUCUCCAGUUGGUGGAAUUACCUUUUUUGUCUGCCACUUCUCAGCACCUUUGAAAUUUGACAUGAUGUUGCUUCAUUCCAGUUUUUAGAUCUGUAAUUUGUUGAUUGUACUUAACUAUGUGAGUUCUAUUGUGAUGUUUACUGUAUUGUAAAGCACCUCGAUCAUGUGAUGGGGGCUCUAUAAAUCAAUAAAUGAUGACUUAGA